AUGAUGAAUAAGCAGGAAGAAGACAAAUCCAAUGUUGCCGAGACAUUUGAAGCUGAUCUUGCUUCCAUAAAGGAGAAAGGCAGAGAUCUCAAAGGUACAGAUCGUGACUUUUACAACUCAAUUGUUCAGCGUUUGGAAAAUAACGAACAAGUUCUUUCCGAUUUAAGAAAAGAACACACGCAAUUAAGGUCAUCCCUUGCUCAGCUUACAAAAGAAAAGCAAAAGCGUACAGGAUCUAUUGAUUUGCACGCUGAUAUUAAGCAUUCAACACAUGCAGUUAACUUACUUAAAAAACAAAUCGAUAAUUACAGACACAAAAAGCAAGAAGCCGUUAAGAGGCAGACAGAAUUGCAAAUUCAGCUUCAAAAUCUUGAAGGCGCCACUCCACAAGCAGAUUCUUCUUCCGAAAGGAUUGCUUUGCUCAAAAACAAACUUGACAAUGCAGAGAUAAAGAACCAAGAAACAAAGCAUCUUCUUAAGAUUUACGACGCAAUUAUUUAUCAAUUUAAUCGUCAAAAAAUGCAAUGGAACAGACUUAUCGAAGCACAAAAGAAAGAAAUCGAUCAAAAGAAACGCGAUCUUGCCGACCUCGAGCUCAUAGCUCGUGAUUCUGUUCAUUCAAUGAACGCAGCUCGUUUAGAAUACAACAACUUACAAGCAAAGACUGCUGCUGCUCGUGAGAAACGUGAGCAAAUGCUAAAAACAAAAACAACUCAAUACCAAGCCAAUUUGCAUCAGCCGUUAAUGGAAGAUGCAAACGAUGCAAGACAAGCUAAACCACAACAGUCAUUGAACUCAACAGCAUCUGUUGUCAGGAAUCGUAAUAAUCGCGCUCAGAAAGAUAAGAAAGAUGAGAAGUUUAGAACUGUUUCAUCGAAAUACGAAGAAAUCGUAGAAUACUUCGGAACAGGAGAUCCAGAGGCCAUCCUUAAGUUCUUCGAGGAAAGACGUAAUACAACUGCUACAUUAACCAAGCAAAUUGAAGAUCUCAAAGCAGUAAAUGAACAAUUAGCCAAAGAAGCAGCUCAGAAACGUUCAGCAAUAGAUGAAGCUGAAUACACAUCUCAUAAAGGUGUUGGUGGUAACAGACUUCUUUCAGAAGCCAAAAAGAUUCUUUUGACAGAAAAUGAAAAAUUACAAGAAGCAGAAAAGGAGAAACUUGCAAGCAUCCAAUUUAAAGAAUCUGUUGUUUCUGGCAUCUACCACCUUGCAGAUGAGAUGCAACUUGUUCAAAAAGAACCAAUUAAUACAAAUUCUCCAACAGAAGUAUUGGAUUGGAUCAAGAACCAGAUAACUCUCAUCAAGUCGAAGUUAGAUGAUGAAGACUACGAUUUCAUGCAGAUUUGCAACGCACAAGUUGUCGCAUCUAAAUUUGCUGCUGAAAAUAACUUCGAUAUCAGAGAAACCGAGUCAUCCAAGAGAAUCAUUAAGCCAAAGCUUGGCGAAGUUCUCAAACAGCAAAGACAAAAGGGCGACAAAGGCGAAUUUGUUAGCAGAGUUAUUGAUAGAAAUGCAACAAAGGCAAUGGCUCAAAGAAUUGCUCAACAGAAGGCAGCUGAAAUUGCAGCUAAAAAGAAGAAGAUGUAA